UUUGGAACGACCUAAGUGCCCCUCUAAAAUCUCUCCGCCAGGCCGACUCGUAAAACGAGCUCGCAAGGUUCCAUUCUUUCAAGCUCGGGAAUCCGCUUCGUUUGUCCCAAUUGUUCAUCGCCUUCUUCUGCGGCGGGCGAUGGCGCAACCGGUGGCUACGCAGGCUACGCCUGCUACGACGGCGAGGCCGCGGCCGCAGCAGCAGCAGCAAGGGUUUGGCCAGACGGUGACCGGAAUAAUCCGGAUGGCGGUCAUGUGUUACUUCGCCAUGAAAUUCUUCUCCCCGAAGAAACCCGCUGACCCCUCGCAACUCAUGUCCAACCUCUUUCAGAAGGGAGAGCCACUGGAUAUGUGGCUGUAUCUUUCUGACCAACAAAUAUUCAACGAUUUCGGAAAUGAUGGUGCCCUAUUGUGGCAUGAAUCAAAUAUCCCAUAUGCUGUGUGGGGACAAGCAAGUAGUAGAUCACUUUCUCUGCAGUAUACUCCAUCUGAGGCACUAAAGCAUAAUGGGAGCCUUUAUGCUCAUGUUUUCUUUGCUCGCUCGGGGUACUCCCCAGAUCCUAAUGAUUCUGAAUAUCAACCACAAUCUUCUUUCUCGAGGACCCAUCCUGUUGUGGUGUAUCAUCCCAAGCCUAAGUCAGGCAAAAGAAGAAACCUACUUAACUCAAAGGAAUCUGAAGAGGAAAUAUUGAACCUAGAAGUCAAGGAUGAUGUCCAGCCUGAUUCCAAAGAUGAGGACAGUGUUGAAUGGAUUUCUUACUGGAAACCAAAUAUUACAAUUAAUCUUGUUGACGACUUCAAUCGAUACUCUUAUAAUGCUGUUCCACCAAAUAUUGCUGGACAUUUGAACAUUGAUCCUACAACGAAGAAUUAUUUUCCAAUAAUCUACUUCAAUGAGUUCUGGCUUCUGAGAGAUAAACUCAUAUCCCUCAAUGAUACUGUGAAAGAAUUACCUCUUAACCUAGAAGUAGGACCAAUCAGCUUAACAAAGUGGCAGUUCUUCUUACAGAUUGAACAGUCAUUCCAGAUUCACCGGAGUUACGGAAGUAUGGUUGAAGGGGAGGCUGAUCAACUUAAGAGGGUCUUCUUGGAAGGAAACCCGUAUCUCCUGGUGGUUACAAUGGUUGUAUCUGUGAUGCAUUCACUAUUUGAUUUUCUUGCGUUCAAAAAUGAUAUUCAGUUUUGGAAUAAAAACAAGUCUAUGGAAGGAUUGUCUGCAAAGUCCGUUGUUGUGAGCUUUAUCAGUCAGCUGAUUGUUUUCCUUUACCUUUUCGACAACGAUACCUCAUGGAUGAUCCUUGCUAGCUCUGGCAUCGGUUGCUGCAUUGAAUUUUGGAAAAUUGGAAAGGCUAUGCACAUUGAGAUUGACAGGAGUGGGAUGAUUCCAAUGUUGCGAUUCCGUGACCGUGAAUCAUAUUCGAGUAACAAAACCAAGGAAUAUGAUGAUAUUGCUAUGAAAUACCUUUCCUAUGUUCUUUUCUUCCUUGCCGCUUGUUUUUCUGUGUACUCACUCAUGUAUGAGCAGCACAAGAGUUGGUAUUCCUGGAUACUUUCCUCCCUCACCAGCUGUGUGUACAUGUUUGGUUUUAUCAUGAUGUGUCCUCAACUUUUUAUAAACUACAAAAUGAAAUCUGUUGCUCAUCUUCCUUGGAGGCAAAUGACAUACAAAUUCCUCAACACAAUCAUUGAUGAUCUUUUUGCAUUCGUCAUAAAAAUGCCUACACUGCACCGCCUUUCAGUGUUCCGUGAUGAUGUGAUUUUCUUGAUAUAUCUGUACCAAAGAUGGAUAUAUCCUGUAGACAAGUCGCGAGUGAACGAGUUCGGGUUUGGUGGCGAAGAUAAAUCAGUUGCCAAUGGCUCGGCUAUUGAAGCAGAUGAGAACAGCAAGAAGACCAACUGAGUAGUUGACUCUUCUCUUUUUUUUUUUGGGUUCCAACAGAUUUGAAAUUGUGACCUGUAAUAUUUAAAUAUUUAUAUUGCUUUUAUUUUGUGCGAAUUACUAGCCGUUGUGGUGAAGGUCUUUCUUUAAUUUCUACCUUUUUCUUUGCUGUA